UUCAUGAUCUCCCUCUUCAUCCUCGCCGAAUACUUCUACAACCUCCACCACCACGGCCUUCCACCUAUGCGUCGUAGACCUCAAAUGUUCAUCGCCAUCGGACCCCCCGCUUUCACCGCCGUCGCGUUAAUGGGCAUGGCUGAGAUCGCCACGGAAAAGUUCCCAUCCUAUUACAUCCCCUUAGCAGCACACGUCAACACCGCAGAAGUCCUCCUCAUCCUCACCAUCUUCCUCUCCAUCUUCAUGUGGAUUUUCUCGUUCUUCCUGUGGAUGCUCGGCUGGCUGAGUAUCUUCGCUGCGUGUCAUGAAUGGAAGUUUGAUAUCACGUGGUGGGCGACUGUGUUCCCCAAUACGGGGUUUGCUUUGGCAACGAUCAAGAUUGGGGAUUUAUUAGCCUCGGAACCAAUUCGGUGGGUGGGGAGUGCGGCGACGAUUAUUCAAGUGGCGUUAUGGCUGGGGUGUUUUUCGCUUCAUGUAUGGGCGUAUUUCACCCGGAGGGUGUUGUGGCCGGGUAUGGAUGAGGGGUUUGGGGCUGAGACGCAUCUAGGGAGGGGGUUGGAUUUGGAAGGCAAUGUCGUGUCUUCAAAAAGCUCGUGUGCGUCGUAG